UCUAGGAAGUGACGGCAGCGCGGCGGGCGGGGGCGGGCCCCGGUGAUGGCGGAAGCGGAGGCCAAGAUGAAGCAGUUCAAUGGCGGCGGCGGGGCCGGGCUGGACGCCGAGCGCGGCCGGUUCCCCUUCUGCGUGGUGUGGACCCCCAUCCCCGUGCUCACAUGGCUCUUCCCAAUCAUUGGCCACAUGGGUAUCUGCACGUCGGCUGGAGUCAUUCGGGACUUUGCGGGGCCGUACUACGUCUCAGAAGACAACAUGGCAUUUGGGAAGCCAGUGAAGUACUGGAAACUGGAUCCCAGCAAAGUGUACUCCACCAGUCCUAAUGCUUGGGAUACAGCCGUGCACGAUGCCUCAGAGGAGUACAAGCACCGAAUGCACAACCUUUGCUGUGAUAACUGCCAUUCUCAUGUGGCUCUGGCCUUAAACUUGAUGAGAUAUGAUAACAGCACCUCCUGGAACAUGGUCAAACUCUGCUUCUUCUCACUGCUGUAUGGGAAAUAUGUAAGCAUAGGAGGAUUUGUGAAGACCUGGCUUCCCUUUGCCCUCUUCUUGGGGGUGAUCCUGACGGUUGUGCUGACUCUCCAUUUGCGGUGAUGGCAACUGUGAACUCCCCACUCCACAGGCACACGAAGGAGGAAACUGUGGCUGCUUGAUCCAGCGAGAUGGCGGCACGGGACUCUGGGAGGCAUUUACUAGGGAAAGCGGCAGCUCCACUCCAUAGUAACAGCUCUCAUCUUUGUUUCCUGGGACUGGCUUCUUCUCCUUCUGUUUUUGUUCUGUCAGUGGUGUCUCCCAGUGUUGGGGUCCUGAAGCCUCCUGAUCUCUCCCUGAAUAUGCUCCCUCUGCAUUUUGUUAGGUAGAAAUGCAGCUGGGAAAGGAGAGGGGUGGGCACCUUUCCUUUCAGUGUGCGGUAAGGCCGCAAGGCUAACGCUGCCUCCCGGUUCAAGAGCACAAGCAGAUACGCCUUGUAAGGUUCUCUCUGAUCACCUGGCUUCUUCCUCUUGGCAGACUUUCUCAGAUGCUUCCUCAGAUUUCCGGAGUCUCCAAGGGUGAGAAGUUGUUUCCCUGCUGCAUGACUCCCCUGUAGCACAUGUUUCAAAGGGAGGCGUGGGGCUCUUCCGGGCAGUGUGUGAUGCCACAGCGCUCAGUCUCCCCCGCAGUGAAAGAGGGUGUUGAUGGCAGGGCACCUCGCUGAGGAGACACGCAGAGGAACACUCCGUGGCAGGGCCAAUUCAUCUGGUCCUGCUAGUGAGCCCAGAAAGGCAGGAAAGCAGAUUGACUGAUUUGGGUAUGGCUCGUGGCAGUCUGCACAUUUCCAACAGCAUGUUGCAGAAAUGGGCCAAAUCCCUUUUAGCUUGUGCCAGAGAAAAUAGAGCUCCCCUGCUUCUUCUGCGCUCUGAAUGCCUAAAAUUGUCCUUACAUGUCUCACAAGCCACUCGCUUUCCUUUGAACCCUAGUACUCCAUGCGUCGCAGCUUAUCCGCCGGGGUGGCGGCAGCAGGAACGUGCCAACAGCUGGCUUAGUGCAGGGUUUUGAAAGCAUCCCUGCCUUGGAGAGCAGCACCUGAGUCCUGAGCUUGCUGGGGGCAUUCGGGAUUAGGAGGGGAGGUGAAGGGAUGGGAGGACUGCUGUGUCCAGCGGUUGGCCUUUGCAGCAGCAAACGAGGGCAGUAGCUUGCAGCUGCUUCCAGGGCAGUGAACAGGAAGGUAGCUAACUUCCUUGGCACGCUUUGAAGAGGAGGUGGUGCUUUGGCACACCUGGGUAAAAGCACUUUGCGGCGCUGGCUGUGAACAUGAGAAGUGCCAGUCUGGCAGCCUUGGGUGUGCGAUGGUCUUUUUGAGCCGUAAGAGCAGGCAGGGGGUACGAGAGGGACAGGUUGCUCCUGACUGCUAAGUGGGAAAUGGGCUUGGAUGCGACCCAGAGCCGAGUCCAGGGCAAGAGGCACAGGUCUGUCUGUCGAGGCCCUGGCUUGCAGAUGCUGCUCUCUUGGGGCCAUUAGGCAGGUGGCUUUUCAAAGAAGUGUGGCUGAUGGGUUAUGUGCAGUUGAGCAUGUUCCCUCAGGCUGCAAAGCAAGAGUUAGUUUUUCCACUCAAGCCUUGCAAGGUCAGCUCUCUACUCUAGUGCUUGAUGGAUUUCAGCUUCAAGGAGUCCUUGUAGCCAGCCAGAAAGCUAUUCUUGACCACAUAUUAUCCUCGUGGCUUCCUCUGACUUUGGAAGCACAUUCACAGUCACCCUGCUGGCUGUCAAAACUGUCCCUGUGUACCUGCCUAUCCCCUUUCUUCUCCCUGGCUCCCCUAGCUAUAUGGGAGGACUGGGGUGUUGUCUUGGGCUUCACCAUUUCUGCAUUUUCUUCUCCUCCUGCGUCAGUCACUUUUAAACAGCCCCUUAAACCUCCCCCUUCUCUCUGCAUUCUCAUCGUCUCUUUCUCCUCUGGUGCUGGUGUUUCUGGGAUGGGAGGGAGGAUGUGUGCAGACCUCCGUGCCCUUCCCCUUGCUCCUGGAACUGAAAUAGCCGUCAGCGUCUCCUGUGUGCAGUCAUUUCAAGCCUGAGUGGAGAGCGGGCUGGAGGAUGCUGAUAGCUGGGCCUGGGGCUGAUUAGAAAGCCAAGAUCUUGCAUCAAAGAGAACCUUACAAUGAAAGGACUAUGUCUUACUGAGUUACCCUGCGCUGCUGUGGUUCCUACCCAGCGAGCCUGCUAGUUAAUGUGCCCUAGGAUUAGCCAGCUGAACAGGAGAGAGGAGUUGUUUGCCCCAAUUUUUAAUUUUUUAAAUAUAGUUACUCCGAGUGACCUGCCAAGGAAGCGCUAGGAGUCCCUGGCCCAGGGCUGAAGCCAACCUGUCUUACGCAGUAGCAAUAACCUAGAGACUCUAAUGUCUUGUCUCACAAGUUGAUUCACAGUGUUUUAUCAAUAAGCUAAGUGUUGCCAAAGCUGAGACUUUGAGUUGUUGGAGGAGGCCGGGAGCAGGGCUGCUGGCCACAAUCCCCUGCUCUUGGGAUUUCCGAAAACAUGUUGAGUGCCAUUCCCCACCGCAGAAAAUCCUUGUUGUUUGCUCCUGAUGAUUUUUACCAGAUCUGGAUUUUGAACCGAGCGUCUUGUGGUGCCGCUGCAACUGGGCCUUGUUGUUGGUUGGGAAGGAGGGCAACGCUUUGCUACGUCCUGGCUCAACGGCUGACCUGCUGCCACUUGGGCCUUGACUGGCAGAGAGGCAGAGGGGCUCCGGGCAUCCGCAGGAAACGCGGCUAACGGCAAAGGCAAGCGCAAAGCCGAGGCGCUGCAGAGCCAGCGUGAACAUCCUUGCUGGACAUGGAAAGUUUGCACUUGCAGAAGGGAAGAGGGUGGAUGGGGGCCUGCAGACAUCGGAUGCUGGCUGUUGCGGGUGGGCUGUACCUGCUGGGCUGCUCAGACCCUGCACUGCAGGACCUCAGCGCAACGCCGCGGUAGUGCAGAGACAGACUGGCGGUGCUCAGCCUGGGCUCAGCGCGGCUGCCCCAGCAGUGCUGCAUCCAGCGGCUGCGGCUGCGUGGGGCUGUUUCCUCUCAGCGUGGGAGGUGGAAGAGAGUGGGUGGAUAAGGAAUGUCCUCUCCUUGCAGCUUCCCUCAUCUCCCUACCAGCUUCUUUGCAGUGCCCCUUUUGAAGUCUUACCCUGUCCUUUACCCUCCAGCUGCCACCUUUAUGCCCCUGUCCUCUCCCCCUUGCACGUGGCUGCGCGACAGAGCUGCUGGGCUUGGCCGCCGCUCUCCGGCGGUGGCUGCCCUCCCUACCCUCAUCCUUUGUUCUCUUGAUCUCUGUGGGGCGCUGGAUUACUUUGUAAAUAUUUAAACUCUGCUUCUGUGGUUUCAUAAUCCUGACGGUCGGGGAAAUAAACUUAUUUCUGUGGA